GAGAGAGAGAGAGAGAGAGGAUGUUGAAGAUGGUGGUGCUGAAGAUGACUUUGUUGUUGAUGGUAGCUGCGGCAGCAUUAACUGAUGCUCGCUUGGACAUAUUUAAGAGGCAAUAUAUGCUAAUUACCAACUCGAAAGAAAAACCAGCAUCAAUUCCAUAUAAAGAUUGCAUCCAAUCCUGUGAAACCUGCGCUUGUACACUUAUUUAUCCACCUGAGUUAGCAACGUGUAUUUGCCUCCUUUCUACCACGGUGGCCGACAAACCAGCCAUCCAGAAAUACGAACAAGCUGCAGAAAAACAAGUAGCUAUUCCAUAUAAACAAUGCAUUGGAUCUUGUGGAACAUGCGCUUGCACACUUGAUUUUCCAAUUGAAUUAUCGGACUGCAUUUGUCUCCAGAAGCCGACAGUCCAAGACUCUGGUUCUGCAGAAAUGAGUGACAAAAAAUAUUCACGCCUGAUUCCAUAUAGCGAAUGCAUCCAGUCGUGUGAAAAUUGCGCUUGCACGAUGAUUUGGCCUCCUCAGUUGUCAGAGUGUGUUUGCCUUGGGAACAAGCAGCGUCCGCGAAUCAUUGACCACUAGAGACGAGCGCACUGCCCUCACCAAUUAAGCUUAUGAUAUCGACAACUAAUUAACAAGCCCACAAUUUCAGCUACUUAUGAUAUCAUCAAAUAAGUAAACCGAGGACCUUCUCCAAAAUAAUAAUAAUCAUGCUCUGGUUUUCCUUUGCCUUAAGAUAUGUUAAGGCUCUUUAUGUCCGGUGCAUGUAUUCGGUAUUAUAUAUGCAAUAAAUGUGCUAUUAGCUUUUUUUUUUUUUUUUUUUUUUUUUUUUUUUUUUUGGUUGGUAUUUAUUUUAAAUUUAUGUGUUUGGCCAAAUCACUCUCUUGAU